AUGCGGUUGUUGCUCAAGCUUAGCAAACAGGGAGGGGAGGCUGAGCUCUUUGCAGGUGCCCGGGCGGUGCCGGUGGCGUUGGGCUUGACGCCCAAGUUGCAGGCUCUGAGAGCCCAGAGCGAUGGCGAAACGAAGGAUGAAUCCAUCCCUUUGUGGCAGCCCUUGGCCGCUUGGAUGUUUGAGGCAAAGGUGCCAGACGCAUCCAAUGUGUGGCACCACCAGCAGGCCACGGAUCUCACCUCCAUGGGAUCCGAUGUGCAAGAUUUGGUCCUGAAGUUCUGGGAUCUCUACAGGAAGGACGAGGACAACACGAUCACCGAGGAGGACUUCGCCCAGCUGAGCCUCCGCUUUCUGCGGAUCUUCCUCCCAGGGCUUACGCAGGAGGAAGAGAAACAUCUCUGUCAGAACUGUUGGCAAGAGGCUGCUGCGGGUCGACGGCGCUUGAGUUUCCUCGGCUUCUUCCCAUACUUGGUGCGCUUGGUACAGUCGUGGACCGAUUCCAGCGAUCCAAAUGACUAUGUGGAGUUUCUCCAAAAUCUCUUGGACCGUUGCACCUGCUUCCAAGUUGCUGGGCAGGAGCAGCCCGUCUUCCCCAAGCGCCUCGUGACCUUUCGCGCGGCGCAACGGGGAGAUGACCUUGGAGAUGGACGACUUGGCCCUGUUGGGGGUGGAUCUCUGGACUUGCCUCCACCCUCGUUUUGGUCUGGUGGCUGUCUGGGUUUUGGUGUGGUCCUGGCUCUGACAUUGUGCGUGGCUCCUCGGUCCGUCUGGCCUCUCGUGCCCGUGUCCUUGCGUCCUACUUGCAUGAGCCAACCCUCCUCCAACCACGACGUCGGGAUUGAACUCCAUAUAUCCCUACCUGAGGGUAUCCAGGUCACUGUGCGGGCCCCUACCUCUUCUGCUGGUGUUGCUGCUGACCUGUUGGGCUACAUCUCUCUCUUCCAGGCCUCUGCACCGUCGGUUCGGUCGGAUCGCUCCUUCGAGGUUGUGUCUUCUGUGGCUGAGUCUGUGCGGAAUUCCCCUCCUAGGGAGCGUCCUGUGGAAUCAAGGGACUCUAUCCUGCGAUCCUUUGCUGGCUGCCCAUCUCGCUUGUUUGUGCACAGCCCUCGUUUGUGUGGGUCAACACUGUCGGGUAAGGACCGGGUUGCUCGUGCUUGGCUGGCUGGUCAGUGGGCUGGUGCCGUCCGAAGUGGCCGCAUCGGCAGUCCCAACAGGACACCUGCCAUCGACCUUAGGUCGCGCUUCUACGCAGUUCUCAGGGCUCCUGGACUUGCAGGCCCGACCAUCUUCAGGUCUUCAGCCAGCUACUGGCGCUGUGUUGGAAAUUUGGAAGAGAGCUCAGCAAUCUCCCAGUCUUUCCCUAGCGAGGUUGAGGCCCGGAUCUACUUGGAGGCAGCAGGGGAGACCGACAUCGAGUUUGUGGAAUCCCUGACCUUGGACUCUUUGGUCACGCUCCAGUCGGAUGUAGAACCCUAUGUUUUGGAUUGGCCCGCCGCAGAGCCUGGUUCUGUAGCCGAAGCCCUAGUGCUGGUGACCCAUAUAAGGCCAGGUGGAUUUUUGGCCGCGGUCCCAGUUGGAUUUAUCCCAGAAGAAGUUCUCGCCGUUGGCAACUCUUCCCAGCCCCCCGGUCCUGUUGGUCCUUCGACCGUCAUCGUUGUUCCUGGUUCCAUGCUCGACAACGGUACCCUUGUUCCGGUCGGUUCCCCAGUGUCCGUGGUGGUUGUGGAUUUUUCCCAAGAUUUGCUUCCGACCUUCACUUCACCUUCGACCCAGAUCAGCCAUGCUGUGCCAACUCCGCUGGAUUUGUUAAGUCGGAUUCAGGAAUGGUUGGAGGCGGGAGGAGACAGUGGACUGGGCUAUGCAACAGCUGGAGGGGAGGACAUAGAUGGAGUACCCCUAGAGGAGGAGGAUUUUGCAGACGCAACACCCGGAUCCCCCCUUUCGGCAGUGCCAAAGCUUCCAACAAAAAGCCGCAAGGCAAAACCCACAGUGCCUGGGCCAGGGCGGCCUACCAGUGCAGAAAAACGCCCUACGGUGGCGAGCCUCGCAUCAUCUCUUCAGGAGCUGAUCCAGGUAAACUCAGGCCUCACUCAGCAGAUACAAAGCCUCUCCCUGCGGCAGCAGCAGCUCGAGAGACGAGCUACCCCGCCUCCUCAGACACUUGCCACUCCUCAAACUCUCUUGAGCCAGCCUUUGUCAUCUGCCCUGGUCUCCCAAUCCCAUCAGCCCUCCGCAGUUGCGAAAGCCAUCGGAACCCCCCCCAGGACUUCCGCUGGCCUGACUCCGGGUCUUUUGAGGUCUCCUUUGAUCCAGCCCCCAGAGCUAACGGAGUUGGAGGAGGAAAAGCUGGAGCAUCCCCCGUCUACCUCGCGAGAUCCCCUGGCCCACGCAGUACUUGCCCAAUCCAAGGCGCUCACAGCUCUUGUCAGUCAGAUAUCCAGUCAGAGCUCCGACCCUCUCUUGGACUUGGGGGAGGGAGGGAGGGCAAAGCUACAGGCGGAGCUUGCAGCCCAGAGAGGAAGCUUCUUCUCUUCGGUGCUCACUGCCAUGGCCAGGCGCAUGCAGCCAACCAGCUCAGCAGAAGGGACCCCGGAGGAGCUCAUGGCCAAGGGGGUAUCGGGCAGCAGGUACUUGGAGAGGUUCGGAGGCUUUGGCAAGCACAGGGAGCUAGGUUGCCUCCAACACCAGGUGAUGACAAUCAUGGACUUUUUGCAGGUGGGAAACUUGCAAGCAGCAAGGGACCCCACGGCCUUGCUGGCGGUCACCAUAGACCAGGCGGCAUUAGACAACGGCAGAUUCGACUUAGCCAAUGUCUUAUGUCUCCAAGAGGAGCCACCCAGCACGGUUUUCAGCCACAAGCCUGCAAACGUCCUCUCAAGGACUCGGGCCUUCACUCCAUUGGCCAGUCAGCAAUGGAUUACGCUCAGCACCCCCCGACAAUCCCCGGCCAAAGCCCAAUCCAAAGAGAAAAGGGAAGGCGGGAGGAAAAUGGGGCAGCAGUGCUCCGGCCCAACAACAGGAGCCAGAGGACUGAAGUGGCAUAUGAAGGUUCCCUAUGAACCUGAAGGUGGGGGCGGGCCGGUGUCAAACCCCCUCACUUCUCAGGUCACGUUUCUCCAGUGGAUGACCUGCCUUCCACGUUGGAUUUUGCAGACCCGCACAAAGCUUGCGUCUUGUCUUGCUCGUUCUUUUGCCAUCCUGCGCCGAUCUUCCGGGACGGCUUCCGCACUCUUUCCCCUGCCCCUGCCAUCUCUUGAUUGCUUCCGUGGUAGUGGCCCUGGUUUGUCUUGUCGCCGCCUCAAGUCCGUGUGCCGUGAUCGUCUGCUUAACAUUUGGACUUUGGUACUGGACUUUUUGUUCCUUGGUAGGUGGCCCAGCAAUGAUGAGCUCAGGAGACGUCCUUCCAAUGCCCAGGAAAAGGUUUUUCAUCGCCUUAGGACGUUUUUGAGUGCGUGUGGUGACACCCAGGAAAGUUUUGACCUUUGCCCCGGUAGAUCCAGCCCAGAAUUAGGUAGUGCAUUGUUUCACUUGGAGGCAUUUUGCCAAACUUGCCAGGACCUUAGUUCCGGUUACAUGGAGGCUGACACUUUGCCUUUCAAGCAACCAGGUCCACUUUUGUCGGUUGAGAAGCACCCUGAACUGCAGCCGUAUAGGUCCCUUGAUGCAUCGAGGCUCAAAAUUGUCGGAGAGGGAAAUUGGAAUAUGGAAGCAUACCUUGAUGGACCGCUGGGGCUGCUGUGUCUCAUGCCUGAUCCCAUUGCCCCUGGCCUUUUCAGUAGGGUUUUCAAUGCCUUCAAGGAUCGUGAUCGAGACAGACAAAUAGGUGAUAGACGUUUGCCUAACCUGUCAGAACACCAUGUCGAUGGGCCUUCGAAGCAACUGCCUCAAGGACCACAGCUGACCUCAGUAAGAGUCCCACGAUUCACUCAUUUGCUGAGAGGUUCUGUAACUGAUAGGAGGGAUUUUUAUCAUCAAGCCGCUGUCACGUUGGAAAGAGCCCAGAGCAACAUGCUGCCUUUUGCUUACCCCACCGAAGCUUUUGUUGGCACUCAGGCCUAUGCUGGCUUACUCGAGAGGUCAAACCUAAAGCCUCCCCGCGCUCGAGAGAUUGCAGGAGACCAGCUUGAUUGUCGCAGUGCACCCAAACAGCCAAAAAGGCAUUCCUUGGUUCCAGAGAGAGAAUUCAGAUUUUUGGUUUUCUUACUGGAUGCAGUUUUCCUGACUCGGCGCUGCCCGGGUGGACAUGCACAUGUGAAGGUUGAAGGGUCCUACACAAAAGCCUCUGCCAUUUACGUCGAUGGACUUGCAUGGCACGUUGGGGAAGCCUUUCACAGAGCCCUUAAAGCCAUUGAAGCAAAGGAGUUGUUAGUACCUGACGUUCAGGGACAGGAAACGGUUUUGGCCAACGACGUCAUGGCUUCAAGUCGAUGGCACACUGUCAGAGCGUGGUUUUGGAAGCGUUGCUCACAUAUCAAUGUUCUUGAACUUGCCGCUGCCGUCUCUGUCCUAGGGUCUGUUGCUCAGUCCAGAUCGUCCGUCAGGUUUGCCAGCUUCUUGGACUCGUCUGUCUGCCGAGGUGCCUUGGCCAAAGGAAGAUCCGCUUCCUAUGCUCUGCAGCCCGGUCUCAAACGAGCUUGUGCCUGGUGUGUGGCUUUUGACUUAUACCCUGCCUGGCCGUUCUCUCCCACCAGACUGAACGUCGCAGACGAUCCUUCCAGAGGUACGGAGCCCAGACAGCCUGUUGCAUUGUCACUUGUCAGACAGGAUGGACUUAUGCUCAGUGCCUCUGUUGCCUCUGGACUCCGCCGUUUUACUGCCAACUGGUGUCGACUGUGCCUUUUGGUCUUGCUUACUCAACCGGCCCCAGCUCUUGGCUCCUCUGUGUAUCACUUUGGAUUUCAGUCAGAAUGGCCUGCCAUGCUCCUCUCGGUUUGUGCGUGGGUGGUGGUGACUGUCUUCUGCUCCUUGCUGUUGAGCUGUGGACUCUCUUUUGUCGUGCCCCUAAGGGUUGGGUGUAAAUUUAAUAGGCCUUAUGGACUUUUAAAGACUCAUCCCCUCAGGAAACCGGUUCGGGUAGCCAUGGUCGUCGCGCUGCUGCUUAGUUCUGCCUCAGCAAUGCCGCUUAUGCCAGGAACUGAAACAGAAAGACAGCGAGUCAUCCGACGCGAUGGUGCUUCGCUUGUGGCGACCAGGGCUAUCAAACAACAGACGCGCGACAGGAGAAAGGUCUAUUUAGACUGGUUUCGACAGUGGCUGUGGAGCGAGAAAAAGGUAUCUUUCCGGUACCUUAUUGAUCAGAAGCCGCCAGACCCUGAAAAGCUAUCGGAGCUGCUUGUCGAAUACGGGAAAGCUCUUUUCCAUGCUGGCAAAGCGUAUGGUGUCUACGCUGAGACGAUCAAUUCUGUCGCGGUUGAAAGGCCAUUGGUCCGCAGACAACUUACGUCUGCCUGGGACCUGGCUUUCGCUUGGUUGGCAGACGAACCUCAUGCUCACCAUCCAGCUAUGCCUCUGUCUUUGAUGGCAGCAAUGGUGGUGGUAGCUCUUUACUGGGGAUGGCCUUUUGAAGCUUCAGUAAUUUUGAUGAGCUGGACAGGCGUGAUGAGGAUUGGAGAAGUCUUGUCGGCGUGCCGAAAAGACGUGGUAUUCCCUAGUGACGCUGCUCCUGGCACCUCCUUCAUGCUCAUUAUCAUCAGAACACCGAAGACUCGGGGCAGAUCAGCCCAUCACCAGGCAGCCAGGAUCGAUCAGGUCGAUGUGAUCAGGUUUCUGGAAUCCAUGUACAAGGAUGCACCGGAGAAUUCAGCCAUAUGGCCCUAUUCAGCGGCAACUCUGCGGAAACGUUUUCGACACCUCUUGGAAGCACUGGAACUGCCAAGUACAAAGGGGUUUUCUGGACGCCCCUUUGGCCUGGGAUCAAUGCGGCCUGGUGGAGCUACGUGGAUGCUACAUCAGACAGAGAGCCCAGAAUACGUCAGACGCAGAGGCAGAUGGCUGAGUUCAAGGGUCAUGGAAAUCUACCUCCAGGAAGUCUUGGUGACCACCUUCCUGGAGAAACUUCGACCAAGGACAAGAUUUUUGAUAGAACUUUGUGCAGGGGAGUUUGCCAUUGUCAUUGACCGCGUGAUCACAUUCCUUGACACUGGCAUCCCCCCCAAAGCUUGGUUUUCCCUUCUCAAAAGCUCUGGAGAUAUUCCUACGGAGAACGUCAGAAAAGCUGGGAUCAAUGGCAGCAAUUUUAGCCAUCCAGGUGACCAACACAUGGACUGGCAUGAUGAAACUCCCGUGCAGGACAGCGAAAAAGGCAGCUGCGACAUUCUUGGAUGCAAGAAGUCAAUUGGUGGCUUUCGGGGCUCAAGCCUCCCUCCACCCCCGGCCCAGUCAGAACUUUUGAGAAGGCAGCAGUUUUAG